AUGAGUCUACAACGAUUUAAAAUAGUCCGGACUUAACCACAAACGGGACGCGACCUACAACCUAUUCUCUUUCGCGGCUGGCGAGAGACCGGUGACGCAGCUUAAACCUUUUAAUCUCCAAAUUCUGCAUAUUUUGACCUAACCACGGCAACAUCAAAACCACCACUAUAUACCUCCGAUUUUCACCAUCACUAACAUAAAUCACUUGAAAAUCAUCAAAUAUUAUCACCUCCAUCAUCAAUCGCCCCCCAAAAGUUCAUUUUUUCAUACAGUUCACACAAGAUUCGAAGUGGUUUUCUGAGGGUUAGUCGAUUCUCAUAGUUUUCUGCAUAUAAUUCGACGAUAAGGUGAAGGAUCAGCUUCAGGAGCGGUUGGAAGGAAACGAGGGCCGCAGACACGUCCUAGGGGUGAAACCCUACCUUUGCCAUCCGAUUUUGGAAAACGUCAGAUUGAGUAUAGGUCGGCGGGUGUUCCUCAUGGGCAAAGUACACGGCUAAAAGAUAGCCCAUUGCUACAGUUUGCUUUGAACUCAAAUGAGCAGGCUCGGUUGGCGGAGUUGAUUACGGUAGAUCUGCUACCAUAUAGGAGGAUUGAUUGGGAUAUGGUGGACUGUCUGGGUAACGGGAGAGAAUUGAGCAGUUACUGGGGGAAAAGUUUAGGUUGGUUUUGGAUUGCGACGCUCCUCAAUAUAAGGAGCUCACGUUAGAGUUUCACGCCACAUUUGAAUACAAGCAAGGUAGUUACGAGGAAAAGGAUGCGGUGUCCUUUUCACUGGGUAGGAAGGUGUAUGAGAUGACGAUACCUCAGUUUGCGGUGGCUACUAGAUUUUAUACCGAGGAGGAGAUACAGGCACCUGGGUCUGAUGAAAGAUGAGUUGGUGAGAUUCUGGGCCAAAUUUCCACUGUUCCUUAUUCAAAUAAUAUGGUAGCCUCCGAUAUCACCGAUCCAGUUCACCGAUUUCUGCACAAGAUCAUGGCAGCUACGUUAGUAGGUAGACAGACAUCAGGGUGAUAACAAGGUGAACCAAGUUGGUCUGUUUUGCUUGUUGUGUAUGGUUGAGAGGAGGCCAGCGAAUCUGGCAAGUGUGUUCGCAUGGUCGAUGACGAGGCCAUGGAGAGGUGGACCGGGGGCCCGGGUUUAAUGUGGGCCGUAUGUUACAUGGUUAGCUGAGAGCCUUGGGUGUUUACUAGAUACCCACGAGAGCCAAUGAGAGAGGAACCGGUUCCCUGUUUUAUGAGUUUGAGGGAUCUACAAUCUGCUGCCAUUGUUACUUAUGAUCAGCCACCUACUUGGUCACGUAUCAGACAGGGUCCGCAGGUUCCGCCGCCGCCAGAUUCUGAUGCUGCAGCUUCGAUGCAGUCUGCCAUACCGGUCCGUUAUCAGGUGCCGGUGACUCGUUAUGACUUACCAGGAUGUCAGUAUCCUCUAAGAGAGCCUCGUCCGGACCUACUUACGUUGGAGUCUUUGUAUGACAGGAUGGAGACUGGGUUCGAGGAUUUACAUGGGUAUGUGGAUGAGCAGUUUGUUGGUGUGAGGCAGGUUAUGGAGGAGAGUCGACUGGCGCAUGAGCAGGGGAUGAGGCGGAUAGAGGAUGGUAUGCGGUUCAUUAUGGAGGGUCUGCGUCUGGGAGUCCCGUCUUCUUUUCAGCCACAGCCGCAGGCAGGGCCCAAUGGUAUGGAGGGGGUUCAACCAUAUCAUGUGCAGUAGGGAUCUGAGGAGGAUUAGGAUGAUGAUGAUGAUGCAGCAGCAGUUCUAGAUCUAUAUCUUUUGUUUUCUUUUUAUGUUGUUUUCAUCUAUUAUGGUAUGUAGGAUUAGGAUCAAAUACAAAGGAUCCUAAUUGUAACAA